AUGGCAGACUACUCUUCCCUUACUGUUGUUCAAUUAAAGGAUAUAUUGACCAAGAGAAACCUAUCCGUAGGUGGGUUGAAGAAUGAACUGGUGCAAAGGCUGAUAAAGGACGAUGAAGAAUCAAACGGUAACAGCGGAGAGCUCACCCAGGAUCAGAAUCAAGAACGAGAAUCAGAACCUUCUACUAAUGAAAAGGCUGCCUCUCAGGACAUUGCCGAAAAUGACGUUCAGAAUGAGUCUAAAGAAGAAACCGUCGCCAAAGAGGUUAACAAGGAGGUUCAAGAACCUUUUGACGGAACUUCUACUACUGUCCCGGAAACCAAGCAACCUGCUGCUGCCCCUGCUUUAUCACCGGAAGAGGUCAAAGCCCAAGCAUUGGAUCUUUUAAGUAAGAAAAUGCACCGUGCCAACAAGUUUGGUCAAGAUGAAGCAGAUAUUGACUCCCUAAAAAGACAGAUAAACCGUGUAGAAAAGUUUGGCGUUGAUUUGAAUAGUAAAUUGGCAGAAGAACUAGGCCUUGUCACCAGGAAAAGGGAACCUGAAAGUAGCAAUAGCAGUAAAUUAAAGAAUAGAAACAAAAACGCAAGCAACCGUUCUAGAGUGAGUAAAAACAGAAGAGGUAGUAACCGCUCUGGUUACAGAAGGUAG